AUGGACAUCUUGGAAGUCUUUCAGCCCUUGCCGGAACUCCUUGUUCAACUGCCUCAUCGAUUCUACCAGUUGUCAUGGCCGGAAUUGUCUGUGUUGAGCUUGCUUCGACCAUUGGCUGCGUGCGUGGCCAUCUACUUGGCACUGGUGCUCAAGUCGUCGACAACGACCAACUUUCCAGGUCCACGACCAUGGCCCAUUGUCGGCCACUUGCCAUCCCUGUACCGCUGUCAUGCAGAAAGACAAUUCUUCAUCUGGUCCAAGCAGUUUGGUGACGUGAUUCAGGUCAAGUUUGGAAACAUGCCCGUCAUUGUUGUCAACACGGCCGCUUCGGCCAAGGAGAUCUUCACCGGUAGCGCUGCCGCCCUCUCCUCGCGUCCCAUCUUUCAUACAUUCCACGAGUUCAUCGCCGGCACACUCGGGCCCACCAUCGGCACGGCCGUGUACGGAGACGCGUUGAAGCGCGGCCGCAAAGCCACAGCCGCUGAGCUCAGCAAGCCGGCCGUCAAGGCCAACCUGGACAAGAUCGACCUCGAAACGCGACACUUUAUACACGAGGUGCUGAGCUACGGCAGCGAGGGCCGGACGGCGCUGCAGGUGUCCAAGCUGAUCAAGCGGCUGGCGCUGAGCCUGUCCAUGUCCAUCUGCUACGGCCGGCGCAUGUUCUCUGGCGAUCCGCUGACGCAGGAGAUCAUCGAGGUGGAGCACGAGAUCCUGAAGCUGCGCAGCAUGACGGACAAUUUGCAGGACUUUCUGCCCGUGCUGCGCGUCUGGCCGCUGAACCGGUACCGGAGGGGCGCCGCGCGGCUGUGCGCGCGGCGCGACGCCUACGUGCAGCAGCUCAACGACGAGGUCAAGAGCAAGAUGCGCAGCGGCACCAACGAGCCGUGCCUGUGGGCCAAGAACGAGGCCGCGGCGCACCCGCUGCCGCUGACGGAGCUGUCGACGGUGCUCCUCACGUUCUUGUCGGGCGGGCUGGCGACGGAGAGCAACACCAUCUACUGGGGCCUCGUGCUUCUGGCGACGCGGCCGGAUAUUCAGCAGACGGCGCUGCGCCACAUCCAGAAGGCGUACCCGGAUGUUGGGCAGGUUUUUGCGGAUGGGCUGCGGGACACGGAGGACAUACCCUAUAUCAGCGCACUGGUGCGCGAGAUUCUCCGGUUCUACACACCGUCGCGAUUGGCCCUGCCUAGGCUAGCGGUCCAGCCCAUUGUAUACCAAGACAAGGUUAUUCCCGAAGGAAGCACCGUCAUCCUCAACACAUUUGCAUGCAACAGAGGUAAUGAUCAAGUCACAUUCAAUGCUAAAAUAUUCCGCGAUCCUAACACGUUUCGGCCCGAGCGCUGGCUGGAGGACCCCGAUCAGCCCAUCUUCAGCUACGGGCUGGGCUAUCGGAUGUGUGCGGGGUACACGCUGGCAAACCACGUCGUGUACACGCUCUUUACCCGGCUGAUUGCGUCGUUUGAGAUUUCGGCCGACGAGGGCGUCGAUGCGGACGCCAUCUCGGGAUGCGAGAGUGCCGGCCACCAAGCCAUGGCGCCGCGGCCGACGGGAUUGUACUUUGCGCCGCGCGACGCAACGUUGCUCAAGGCGGCUCUGGUGCGCGAUGUGCAUCGUCAGAUAUAG